AGCUAUCCGAGGCCUCCCCAUGCGGUUCUGAGCUGUCGGUGCAUUUGGAGCUAACGUGAAGCGACCCACACACAUACACAAUGGCUGAGAACGACGUUGACAACGAGCUGCUCGACUAUGAGGAGGACGAGGAGCCCCAGGGAGCCCCUGAGAGCGCAGCUCCGGCGGGCAAGAAGGAGGUGAAGGGUUCCUACGUCUCCAUCCACAGCUCCGGAUUCAGGGAUUUCCUCCUCAAGCCCGAGCUGCUCCGUGCCAUCAUCGACUGUGGCUUCGAGCAUCCAUCUGAAGUCCAGCAUGAAUGCAUCCCACAAGCUAUCCUGGGAAUGGACAUCCUGUGCCAAGCCAAAUCUGGUAUGGGCAAAACGGCUGUGUUCGUGCUGGCCACGCUGCAACAGAUCGAACCCGUCGAUGGGCAGGUGUCUGUAUUAGUCAUGUGCCACACGCGAGAGCUGGCCUUCCAGAUCAGCAAAGAGUACGAGCGUUUCUCCAAGUACAUGCCCACCGUGAAGGCGUCCGUGUUCUUUGGCGGCAUGGCCAUCAAGAAGGACGAGGACAUCCUGAAGAAGAACUGCCCGCACAUCGUGGUGGGAACGCCCGGGCGGAUCCUCGCUCUGAUCCGGAACAAGUCGCUCCUCCUGAAGAACGUCAAGCAUUUUGUCCUGGACGAGUGCGACAAGAUGCUGGAGCAGCUGGACAUGAGGUGUGACGUUCAGGACAUCUUCAGGAUCACGCCUCACGAGAAGCAGGUCAUGAUGUUCAGCGCCACGCUGAGUAAGGAGGUCCGACCGGUGUGCCGCAAGUUCAUGCAGGACCCCAUGGAGGUGUUCGUGGACGACGAGACCAAGCUGACGCUCCACGGCCUGCAACAGUACUACUGCAAGCUGAAGGACUCCGAGAAGAACCGCAAGCUGUUCGACCUGCUGGACGUGCUGGAGUUCAACCAGGUGGUGAUCUUCGUCAAGUCGGUGCAGCGCUGCAUCGCCCUGUCCCACCUCCUGGUGGAGCAGAACUUCCCCGCCAUCGCCAUCCACCGAGGCAUGGCUCAGGAGGAAAGACUGUCUCGCUAUCAGCAAUUCAAGGACUUCGAGAAGCGGAUCCUGGUGGCCACCAACCUGUUUGGCCGAGGGAUGGACAUCGAGCGGGUCAACAUCGUCUUCAAUUACGACAUGCCAGAGGACUCUGACACCUAUUUGCACAGGGUCGCCCGUGCCGGCAGGUUUGGGACCAAAGGUCUGGCCAUCACCUUCGUGUCGGACGAGACCGACGCCAAGACCCUGAACGACGUGCAGGACCGCUUCGAGGUGAACGUGGCCGAGCUGCCGGACGAGAUCGACAUCUCCUCCUACAUCGAGCAGUCCAGAUGAGUUCCUCCGGCCGAGCAGAAGUCUCCUCUCCACCGAUCUCGUCUCGUGUUUGGAAGUAGACGUACCUCACUGUUGAUUUUAAAGCUCUGCGUGUUUCCUACGUUCACCAAGCAUGUUAUUUUUAUUGUCAGGCAUGGGAGGGGGAGGGGGGGGGGGGGGGGGGUAAACGGGAGGGUUGUGGUUUUACCAGGUUUUAUUUUUGUUUUGUUUCUGCUUAAUUGAAUUAAAACUUUUCAUAAAAUGUCAUUUUACUGUUGUGGUCUCUGACCAGGCUGCUUCGUCUCUCCCGUCUCCGAGCGUCGAGCAGAGCUUCAGGGAAACAUUCAGAGGAGCGAGCAGGCUUUUAUCUUUGGUUGAGCAUGUCCAUGCUAGAGAUGUAUAGUAACUUUCUUUUUACUUUUUUUUUUUUUCCUCCCUUCAAUGCAAAAACAGUUUUCCUGUAGGUAGAACCCAAUGUAGUGACGUUUGAGUGAAGAGACGAAUCUGGCUCUCAACGGCAGCUCUUUCUAUGAAUUUCUAACUGAAUGCCUCCAAUAAACGAAGUCACCAAGUGGAGUCCCAGUGGUUGAAUU